AUGAGCCACCUCUCCAUCUUCCUCUUCUUCGCCUAGCUUCCCCCUUCACAGUCACUAUAUCUUACGGAGACCUCAGAUUUUGUUCGCAGAUUUGCAGAAUUUUUGUGACUCUAAGUUGUUGAGGUAGACGAAGGAAGAAGGAAGGCAGGCAAGUUUAUCUUUCUCGAAUUUGGUACUAUGCGUUUCAAUUCGAUUCUCCGUGUGUGUAAUAUAGGUGGACACGCGCGGCUUAGUAUGUAGAGGCGCGUUGAUGUGUUCGUAGAAGAACGGAUUGAAUGGAUUUACUGCUGUUUCAUGUGAAUGAUACGGAUAAGUUGGGGUUGUGUGGAUCUGAUUCGGAUGGUUUUGGUGUUCAAUGAGGAUUGACUGUUGAGCUUCCGAGUGUGUUUUUGUAUUGGCAGGAUUUAUAUAUAUUUUAGUGAGAGAGAGAGAGAGAGGGAGAGGGAGAGGAUUGUUGUCUUGUUGAGGUGAGACUUGGAGUGAUGUUGAUGGUAUCUGGAAAUGGAGACGCUGCGGAUUCGUUUCGGAAUUCAAUGGAAGUGGUCAGGGGUGUGUUAUCCCCGAUAGAGUCCAGUAUAAAGAAAGUGGCGAAGGAUUUAGAGCACUACUGGCCUGGUUCUCAGGUUGUGGUGGUUGAUUCUAGUGAUGACAGCAAAAGCUCAGAGCUAAAUGUGAAUAGAAAGAGUGUGGUUACUGAUGUGGAAAAGACGAGUUUCGCUGUGAAGGUACCGAGUAAGAAGUUUGUAGGGUUUUUCGGGAGCAGUUGGCAGAGCGAUAGAGAUGAGAUUGGGGCUAGGAAAGGGUUGAAAGAGAAAUAUGGGGGAGGAGAUGUUGGGAAGAGCAAUGGGAAUUGUUUUGACUGUUUACAUUUUGCUCUGGCUUGGUCACUCAUGAUGAAUAAUUUUGCUCAGGCUCUUCCUGGCACAUUUAAGGUUGGGACAAAGUGGGUUCACAAGACGAGUAAUGGGGAUGCUGUUCCCAAUGAGACUGCUAUGAAGCCAAGGGUUUUAGGUGAAUUUAAGAAAAAGGAAUCAAAUGGCCGAGUAUCUUGUUGUGAAAGGUUGAAUCAUGAAGAAGGGAAUAAUGUAUCACUUGAGGGAUUUGUAGGGUUUAUGUUUGAUCAGCUAGCUCAGAAUCUUCAAAAGCUUGACUCACAUUUUCAUGAGAAGGAAUCCAAGCUUGCUGACUUAGAGCCAGUUCCUCCACCCACCAAUCAGUUUGAUCAUUUGAAGGUGCUUAUUAGUGUGUUUGAGGGGAAAAGAGCUGAUUUCAAUGGCUUUUUGGGGAACUUGAAUUUUGCAAGAGUGGGAGGUAUGCCGCCAAGUAUUGUUGGAAUCUCUUCUCCGGUGAGUGAUGAGAGAGAUGAUGCAGUCAAUGGUGAUGGUCCUCGCAUAGAAAGUGCAGGCAGUUCACCGCAAAAAUUGGCCAAUGGGUUGCUCAGCAUUCCCUUGUCAAAUGUUGAAAGGUUGAGGUCAACUUUGUCAUCUGUUUCAUUGACAGAACUAGUUGAGCUCUUACCUCAGCUAGGUCGACCUUCACAAGAUCAUCCCGAUAAGAAGAAACUAUUUUCUGUCCAGGACUUUUUCAGAUACACGGAAGCUGAAGGAAGGAGGUUCUUCGAGGAGUUGGAUGGUGAUGGGGAUGGCCAAGUCACCUUGGAAGAUCUUGAAGUUGCUAUGAGAAAGAGAAAGCUACCAAAACGAUAUGCUCAUGAAUUCAUGCGUCGUACAAGAAGUCACUUGUUUAAAAAAUCUUUUGGUUGGAAACAGUUUUUAUCUUUAAUGGAACAGAAGGAACCAACUAUUCUACGGGCUUAUACUAGUCUUUGCUUGAGCAAGUCCGGGACUCUGCAGAAAAGUGAGAUCUUAGCAUCAUUGAAAAAUGCAGGGCUUCCAGCAAAUGAAGACAAUGCUGUUGCGAUGAUGCGCUUUCUAAAUGCAGAUACCGAGGAAUCCAUCUCUUAUGGGCAUUUCCGGAAUUUUAUGCUUUUACUGCCCUCAGACAGAUUACAAGAAGAUCCUCGGAGUAUCUGGUUUGAGGCGGCAACUGUAGUUGCUGUUGCACCACCUGUUGAGAUUCCAGCUGGAAGUGUUCUAAAAUCUGCUUUGGCAGGAGGCCUUGCUUGUGCAUUGUCUACAUCAUUGAUGCACCCUAUUGAUACAAUCAAGACAACUUUACAAGCAUCUAGCCUUAGUUUUCCCCAAAUCAUGGCAAAGCUCCCAGAAAUUGGAGUGCGGGGAUUGUAUAGAGGGUCUAUUCCUGCAAUUGUUGGACAAUUUUCAAGCCAUGGAUUGCGGACCGGAAUUUUUGAAGCAAGUAAACUUGUUUUGAUAAACUUUGCUCCCACGCUUCCAGAACUACAGGUUCAAUCAAUAGCAUCAUUUUGCAGCACUGUCCUGGGGACAGCAGUGCGUAUACCAUGCGAAGUGUUAAAGCAGAGAUUACAGGCUGGUCUGUUUGACAAUGUAGGGCAAGCAAUUUUAGGUACUUGGCAGCAAGAUGGUCUUAAAGGCUUCUUUCGUGGGACCGGUGCCACUCUCUGCCGUGAGGUUCCAUUUUAUGUUGCAGGCAUGGCCCUUUAUGCAAAAUCAAAGAAGGUUGCCCAGCAGCUAUUAGAGAGAGAGCUGGAACCAUGGGAAACAAUCGCUGUUGGGGCUUUAUCCGGUGGUCUAUCUGCUGUUGUGACAACACCGUUUGAUGUAAUUAAGACCAGAAUGAUGACUGCUCCCCAAGGCAGGCCUGUCACAUUGACGGUGUUAGCAUUCUCUAUAAUUCGUCACGAAGGACCCAUGGGAUUGUUAAAGGGUGCCUUGCCCAGGUUCUUCUGGAUUGCUCCCCUUGGUGCAAUGAACUUCGCUGGUUACGAGCUUGCCAAAAAGGCUAUGGACAAAAGCGAGGAAACAAGUGAGCAAGUAUCUGUUAAAAAGUAGGCUGAUGAUGAUGAUUGAGGCUCGAGGCAUUUGCAAGUGAAACUAUCAGUAACUAUAAAUGCAUUAUCGGAGAUUUUGCUUUAAUGCUCAAAAGCUGCUUAAAAGUUUUGAAUAUUUGUUUAAAACAGCGAGUGAGGUGAUUUUAUGCAUCAUAGUUAAUGUGUCCAGAGAAAAAACAAAAUCUUUGAUUCUCUGGUAAAAGUUGCAAUCUUUUGGUGCAUACUUUUAUUGGAGAAAAAUUGUAAAUUGAGCGCAGGCAGGGAGCCGUGGGAAUCCCACUUAACUUUUAACGCUGUAACUUAUUGUACAUUUAUGUGCAGUCUACUAAUGCUUUGAACUUGUUAUUCUUUGCUCAUAAGCUUAA